CACAGCCCCCCCCCCCCAACUCUCCAUAAUUACUUCAGUACUGCAUUCACACAUUGGAUUGUGACCAGGCUUGCCCCAUCAAUCUAUACUGUUGUGUUCCUGGUGGCUUUUCCUCUCAAUAUCAUGGCGAUCGUCAUGUUCCUGGUGAAGAUGAAGGUCAGGAAGCCGGCAGUGGUCUACAUGCUGAACCUCGCCACUGCAGAUGUCCUCUUUGUUAGCAUCCUACCUUUUUAUAUUGCCUACCGAUUCUUGGGAUCUAACUGGCUCAUUGGAGAAGGAAUGUGUCGCUUUGUCACCGUAGCAUUUUACUGUAACAUGUACUGCUCCAUGCUGCUCAUGACAAGUAUCAGCGUGGACCGUUUCCUGGCCGUAGUCUACCCGGUGCGGUCUCUCUCCUGGCGCACAGUGACCCGAGCCUGGUGGGUGUGUGGUGUCAUCUGGGUCAUCUCAUUGGUCAGUACUGUGCCUCUUCUCAUAACAGAUCAAGCCUGGAAAUUUUCUAACCUAAAUAUCACAUUAUGUCAUGAUAUUCAGUACUUUGGUAAAGAUCUUAAGUUCUAUUUUUACUAUUUCAUCUCUCUUAUCUCACUUUUCUUUUUCUUACCAUUAUUCAUUACAACUUUCUGUUACAUUGGAAUCAUCCGCAGUCUCAGUAGAUCAAUAUUUGAUCGCACACAUAAGAGAUCACGAGCUAUCUGCCUCUCCGUGGUUGUGCUGAGUGUGUUUGUCCUUUGUUUUGGCCCAACUAAUGUCAUCUAUUUAAUUAACUAUGUGAAGGUGUUUGAGAAUUAUGAUCGCUCUCUGUAUAUUCCCUACAUCCUCUGUGUCAGUAUCAGCAGCAUCAACUGUUGUCUGGAUCCUCUUAUCUAUUAUUUUACAUUCUCCGAGUGUAAGAGAUACGUCUACAAUUUGCUGUGUUGGAGGAAAGGUUAUCACCCUCCAGUACAAAGUCUUCCCUUAAACACAAGGAGCAGCAACCAGAGAGGACCAGAGGAGACCUAA